GAGCCGAGGGCUGGGCCUGCACCCCAGGGACGGGCGGGGGGUAAAACGCUGGAGCGACAGAUGGGCAGAGGAUUGAGUCAGACGGAUGCGGUUUGUGUCACCCCCACUUACUGCCUGUUUGUUUGUGAAUCCAGAGGGGUUCUACCCCAAACCCUCCAUCUCCGUCAGCCCCGGUGGGGUGAUCCCUGUGGGGGGAAAUGUCACCAUCCGGUGUCGGAAUCAGCUCCUGGACAUGAGGUUCCUCCUCUACAAGGAUGAAGAUGGGAACUAUCUGAAUUACACAGACCCUGCUGGCUCUGAGGCUGAAUUUCCCAUCACCAGCGCCAGACGGGAACACGGUGGCAACUACACCUGUCGCUAUAGCAACAGAACAGGACCAGCUGCCUACUCGGAGCCCAGCGACCCUGUGCAGAUCAUUGUAGCAGCCGAUGCUCAUUUUCAUCCCAUUGAGGGAACCGACACAGCUGGGUCCCAGCAGACGGAUAUCACCCCCCGCCCCCCGACAGAGCCGGAUGGAGAAGACGCUGGUUCUAUUCCCACGGGGGGAACCGACCCGACUCAGCCGGGAACGACACCAGCUUCCACCCACCCAAGCAGCCCGGGACCAGAUACCAGUACGGGGGGCAGGAACUCGCCAUCAACGACCCCAGACACAGGUUUCCCCGGUGGGGUGAUCCCCGUGGGGGGAAAUGUCACCAUCCGGUGUCGGAAUCAGCUCCUGGGCAUGAGGUUCCUCCUCUACAAGGAUGAAGAUGGGAACUAUCCAAAUUACACAGACCCUGCUGGCUCUGAGGCUGAAUUUCCCAUCACCAGCGCCAGACAGGAACACGGUGGCAACUACACCUGUCGUUAUAGCCACAGAACAGACCCACCUAACUACUCGAAGCCCAGCGACCCUGUGCAGAUCAUUGUAGCAGCUGGGGGCCGGCGGGAGGCACCCGGGCCUGCUCCGAUGGAGCUGAAAAUAGCAAUGGAGCCGUGGGCGCGCAGGACUAGCCGCUCAUGA